AUGGGACAAAGGUCGUCAGUUCAACAACCUGGCGCUGAUGUUGCUCACAGGCCGCGUACCAGUUCCGAUAUUUCCAACGGUUUGGCUUCUAGGCACCAAAGACAUAGAAGCACCAAUCAACGCUCAAGGUUCCAACAGAACGAUACGGUUUGUGACCAAGCAAACGAUUUAUCUUACUCAUUUUAGUCUUCUUCCUCAUCGUCCCCUUCAAAUAGAACCUCAACUGAUGAAGAUAAUAGGAGUGAAGAGGAUGGGGCUGGCGAUCUUAAUUUUGCUUCUAUUCUGAUGAGCCAUCUUGGCCUUAGCUCAGGUUUUGUAUAUUUUUGUUCUUUUUGCUUUAGUCGGCGUAGUAGGGUUUGAGAUCUUCAAGACUUUGGGCCUGUAAUGUUUGUUAAGUCCACAACCACGGAUCGGAUCCUGGCCAAACAAGUAUCCUGGGAGUGAAUUUUUUUUCGAGGCCGUGGGCAUGUGGUUCUUAAGCCCCAGUAAGACUCGAAAAGUUGAUGUAGACUCAUCCAGGCUACAUGCUUGAUCUUGAGCCGGUGGUUCUGUGAGCCCCAGUAGGCUGUAAGCCUCAUC